CGUCACCGCGCCGCGGGUCUCGUGUGUUUACGUGGAGAAACAUGGCGGCGACGGUGACAGCAAAUCCCGAAUAAAAGACUGAGGAAACGCCACAGAUUUACCGUCCGAGUCGAGGCGGGUGCAUAUGUCAGCGCUCCGCGUUUAGCGCUAGGCGUGUAUGCGUGCGGGUGGCGCUUGUAUGACGCGCGUGUGUCCGUGUUUAAGCCGCAGGGACCGCGGAGAUGAUGGAAGACGAGGAGCGACAGAAGAAACUACAGGCCGGCAAAGCCAAGCUGGCCGAGUACCGGCAGAGGAAAGCUCAGUCCGAUGGCCAGAAGAAGCAGAAGAAGAAGAAGAAGAAGACGCUGGAAUCAGGCGUGGAGGAGCAGAGAGCAGACGGCGUCUCACACGAGCAGACCGACACCAUCGAGCCCGAGAGUGAGGUCUCAACGACAGCCGAAGACUGUUCAUCUGAGGUAAAUGGUUUCCACGAGAGGACAGAAAGUGGUUUGACGUCGUCCAUGAUCGGGGAGGAAGAUCUGCAGCGGUCAGAAGUACACGUGGAGCCUGAUCUACAGAGCAGCCGUCCUCAGAGCCGUAUUCAGAUCAUGGAGGACGAGUUAGCCUCCAAGAACAUGGCCAUGGAGGAGCUGAGCCGCGAUCUCGAGGAGAUCAGGGCAGUGUUUGGAGCUGAUGGAGUACAGCAGCUGCAGGACUUCGAGGAAGCGCUGAAACAGAGGGAUGAAAUCAUCACGCAGCUCACCUCUAAUCUGCAGCAGGCACGGACCGAGAAGGAGGAGGUGAUGAGGGAGUUUCUGGAGCUGACGGAGCAAAGCCAGAAACUCCAGAUUCAGUUCCAACAGCUGCAGGCCGGUGAGAUACUGCGUAGCUCCAACAUCAGCUCCACCGCCGCAGAUCUCCUCCAGGCCCGUCAACAGAUCACGCUGUACCAGCAACAGCUGGACGAGAGGGACGCACAGGUCAGAGGUCACCAGGAGAGGACGCAGGAGCAGCUGUUAUUGAUCGCGCAGCUUCAGGAGAGUCUGAGUGAAGCAGAGCGGGUCCGCAUACAAACUGAAGAGUCGUUUACGCAGAGUUUACGCGAGAAGGAUCUACUGAACACUGAACAUAAGCGUCUGUUGACACAGCUUAACGAUCAGCUUCUGACUUCCAAACAGCAAGUGGAGGAAGUCAACAAACAUCUGUCAGCGAAAACCCAAGAACUAGACGCCUGUGAAAAAGAGCUCUCCGCGUCCAGACAGAAAGAGCGCAUGUCGUCCGGAGAAAUCCUGCAGCUCAUGAAGAGCGUGGAGGAGCUCCAGCAGCGCUGCCAAUCAGAGAGACUCGAGGACGACUGGAGCCGCCGGAUGGAGACGAUGAGAGACGAACUGGAUGAGAUGUACGGUCAGCAGAUCGUGGAGAUGAAGCGGGAGCUUCGCACGCAACACACGACAGAGCUGGAGCGAAUCCAAGCGCAGCACUGCUCAGAAACUGAGAAGAUGGUCCAGCAGCAUCAGUCAGAGCUGGAGAGGUGUAAAGCUCAGCUGUUCCAGAGCACCGGAGACGUCAACGUGCUAAACGUGAAGCUCGUCGAGCUCCAGCAGAAGCUGCAGGAGACGCAAGUGUUGCGAGAAAAGGCGGAGCAAGAGCUAGCGCAGACGAGAACAGAUAAACUCGGUCUGGCGCAGGAGUUGGAGCGUUUGCGCGACGAGCUGCAAAGAGCUGAAAUACAGACCCCAGAGAAAAUACAACACACUGUUAGCGACCUGCGGGCGCAGCUAGAUUUGGCGCACAAAGCCAAUGGCGAACUAGAAGCCAAGCACGAAUCAGAAAUCACCAACUAUAAGAUCAAGCUGGAGAUGCUAGAGCGGGAGAAAGACGCGGUGCUGGACCGCAUGGCCGAGUCGCUGGAGUCCGAGCUGGAUCACUUGAGAACGCAGCUCUUGUUCAGCCACGAGGAGGAGCUCUCACGACUCCGAGACGACCUCACACAGGAAAACCAGCUCAACGUGGAGAACCUGCGCGACGAGAUGGGCACGAGACACCGCGAGGCUCUCGACAAGCUGCGUUCGGUGGAGAGCGAGAGAACGGCGUUAGCUUCAGAGAGACUCGUGCUGCUCGAGGACAUCGCCCGCCUUUCCUCGGACAACGAACAGAUGUGUGCACGACUGAACGAGCUUCAGGAGGAGACGGAGAAGCAGAGAAACACCUUCUCCUUCGCUGAGAAGAACUUCGAGGUGAACUACCAGGAGCUGAAGGACGAGUACACGAGCCUGGUGAACGCUAAGCUACAGCUCGAGCAGCGCUUGAUCAGAGAAGUCAUGCAAUACGAGACCAAACUCAGAGAUCUGCAAACGAGAUGCGAGGAGGUGGACGGGAAGACGCUGGAGACGGCUGAGAGCGAGAAGAAGAGCUCAGCCGAGCAUCUCUCGCUGAUUGAAACGGACACGAAACGUCUUGAAGACGAGCUCAAGAGGACACUGACUGGGAAGGACUCUUCAGAGCUGAUGGAGAAGCUGGAGGUGAGUGAGAAUGAGAAGAAGAGCUCAGCCGAGCGUCUCUGGCUGAUGGAAGCGGAGCUGGAGAUGCUGAAGAGAGACGGAGGCUGCAGUGUUGCUGGUGGGCUGUGCUCAGCGGAGACGCAUCACACGCACAUCAGGUCUUUGUCGGAGGAACUGGACGCUUUGCAAAACGAGGAGCAGCCGCAGCCGCAGCCGCAGAAGGGGAGAGAGAGAGAGACGCCUGCGAGUUCUCCAGCGAGCACACACACACACACACGCACACACACCGCAGCAGCAGCAGCAGCGCAUGAGGAUCAGCUUGCAUCGCCCGACCGACUCCCGCAGCAGGUGGAGACGAGAGACACUCCGGCCGAUGGAGACGUCGUCAGAGCCUCGCUCAUGAAGCAGCCGCAGGAAAUGGAUGGCUCUGAGCAUGAUGAGUGUCGUCUGCAGCUGGAGGCUCAGCGCAUCAGUCUGUCUCAGAUCCACGCCGCUCAGCUCCAGCUGCUCAGAGAGAGUCUGUCAGCGCAGACGCAGACGCAGGACACACACGAGCAGCAGCAGGGAGCCGCAGAGCUGAAGGCAGAGUUCGAGGAGUGUUCGGUGCGUCUGGAGGAGAGACAACGGCAGGAGAUCGAGCUUCUGAAGAGCUACUAUCAGCAGCAGAUGGAGGAGAUGCAGGAGCGCUUCACCGCAGAGAUCCUCCUGCUGCAGAGCAGACUCCAGGAGCUCUCAGGAGCCGGCGAGGUCUUCAGCAUGCCGAGCGUCUGUCCGCUGCAGACAAGAGACGAGCGCUGUGAUCGUCUCCAGGAGGAGGACGAGGAGCGAGUCUCUGUAGAUCUGGAGCAGGAUCUGCAGGCCGAGCGGAGAGCCUCGUACGAGAGAGAGCUGGAGACACUGAGCGACACAUCUCCUCCAGAGGAAACCCAUCUCAGACGCUUGGAGGAGGAGAUCGCCAAGGUGAUCGUGCAGAUGUCGGUUGAGUUCGCCCAGCAGACAGAGCAGGCUCGGAUCAGCAGACAGAGCCGAGAGACGAGCAUCUGCACACAGACGAACACCAGCGAGGAUGAGGAGGAUCGACUGAUGAAGAGGGAUCUGGAGCUGCAGCAGGUGAAGGAGAGAGAAGACGGGACUGAGAGAUGCAGAGAUGAACUCCGCCUUCCCAGAAUGCAAAGCUGCGGCACUCAGACCCAGCAGCUCCAGACGAGAGCGGAGGAUGAGACGAAGGUCAGAGGUCAGGGAAGAGCCGUGACCUCACAGCCACACACACAGGACCCAGAGCUCUCGUCUGAUGACAUCAUCACUGAGAGGGAUGCUCUGCGUCAGGCUCUGCUCGAUGUGCUGAAGACCACGGCUGCGGCGGAGGAGACCAUCGGCCGUCAUGUGUCCCAGGGGCCUGCUGGAGCAGAGAGAGAGAUGGACGAAGGGCUGGAGGUGUCGCUGAAGACCAGGGGGGCGGAGCUACAGCUACAGGAGGCAGAGCUUCCGCUAGAGAGGGAGGAGUUUGUAAUGAGCAUCAGCACUCGACUGCAGAGCGCCGUGGAGAAGAUGCUCAUCACUAUCACCGAGACCAGCACUCAGCUGGAGCAUGCACAGGUCACACAGACGGAGCUGAUGAGAGAGAAGUUCAGACAGAACGAGGAGAUGGAGGAGCUGCAGCGCAGACAGGACGAGCUCCAGGAGCGACUGUGUGAGGAGGAGAGAGCUCGAGAACAACUGGCACUGGAGCUACACAGAGCUGAAGGUGUGUAUGAGCGCAGUGCAGCAGAGAUUGAUCUAGAUCAGGGAUUCACUCACGUCUCGUCAGACGAACACUUCUGA